AACCAAACAACGCGCAUCAAAACGAUAAACAAACGAUCAUUGGCAACAGCACGAUCAGCUGUGCAAAUCAAAAAAUGCAGAUGGAAAGAGGACACCGCAUGGCAGGCAAGCGCUUGAGCCUGCUGCUCGACGACUGCGCCGUGGAUCAACCAGAGCAGCCCGGCAGCGAAGAGGGUGUGGGCGAGCUGCGUGCUCCAAAGCGCUACAAGACACAUGUACACAACUUGGGCUGCGAGGGCAGCGUGCUUUCGCCCAUGACACAACUGUCGCGGCAUAUGCGGCUGCUGGGCAGAGAGGAUGACACUGAGGACGGCACACCCAAGUCGAGCAUGCGGCGCAGUUUCAAUAGCGUCUGCUCCAGCUAUGAUUCCAGCAAUAGCAACUCGCUGGAUGAUGAGUACAUGGCCAUGUUUGAGCUGGAGAAUUUCGAUGCAGCAACAGUGCAGCCGCAGUCGGAGCUACCCAACGAUCUGGCUGCCUUGAUCAGCGGCAAACUGAACACAGAAACCCAACAGCAGCUGGAUACACCGCAGCGACCCAAGAGCAACGCCAGCACUGCUGCCAAGAAGCAACUGCGCAAGGCCAUGUCCAUGAAUGAUGCAGAAAUCCUGCACGCUCUGGACGGCGAGGAGCCCGAUUUGAUUGGCGAUCUUAGCAAACCGUGUGCUCUGCCCGUCAUGCUCAACGGCCUGCGUCAUCGCGAUCUCAAAACCAUCAGCUGUGAUACUUUGGCGCGUCUCAUGCGCGGCGAAUUCGCUGAGCUCCACAACCGCUUGCAGAUCAUCGAUUGCCGUUAUCCCUACGAAUACGAGGCGGGGCACAUACGUGACGCCCUCAAUCUCUACACGCACGCACAGAUCAAAGAAGCCUUCCCGGCGCAGGACGAAGCCACUAAACGCAUCUACGUCUUCCACUGCGAGUUCUCCUCGGAGCGCGGCCCAAAGCUUAUGCGAUUCCUGCGCAGCGCUGAUCGCAGCGCCCAUACGCAUGAUUAUCCCACGCUGGAUUAUCCGGAGCUGUACUUGCUGCACAAUGGCUACAAGGAGUUCUUCGCCAGCUUUGCGGACCUAUGUGAACCACGCAACUAUGUGCCCAUGCUGGCGCCCGCCCACAACGAGGAGUAUCGCUUGUUUCGUUCGAAAACCAAAUCCUGGCAGAGCGGCGACAGCGACGCCGCUGCCGUUGAUUCUCUGCCGCCGCGCUUACGUAAGUCGCGUUCACGUCUUCUCUAUACGGAGUGAGGAGAGCCUGCAACUUCGGUCCAAGUGUUAGUUCAGUUCAAAAUAUUUUCAAAAGUUAAGCAUUAUUUAUUGGCGGGGACUGGCCAUGUUUGGUUGCGUUGCCAAUCCCCACCCACCCCCACCAUCGUUCAUAAAUUUAUUUCUCGAUUUUUGCUUUAUUGUUGACAGUUCUGAAGUUUAGUUCUAAAUGUCCUCUAGUCAGUUAGAAAAAAAUUUAUAUUUUUGUUCAUUUUGGCGUUGCUAUAAUUUUCAGUUACUAAAAUAAUU